AUGACCUCGCCUGUACACGCACGGUCGUUGUCAUCCCUCGGUGCCCUUCUCUCAAAUCCCCCCCAAUAUCCUCGGAAUCCAACUCAUCAGGCCCAUGACCCUCUGGUACUCUAUAUAGUUCGAGUCCCAGGCAGUAAAGAUGUCUUUCUUACCCCGCUCAAACCGCCUACGAAAGCCUCCAUUAGCAUAGAAGCCGUUCAGUCGAGUCUAUACUUUCUCCACGUUGAGCGGCCGGAAGAUGAAGACCUGAGACAGUCGCUGGAAGCCACGAAAGUGGCCAGCACUGGUCCUGCAAAUGUCUCUCCCAUCGCAAGGAAACCUCUUCCAGAGACGCCUUAUGCAAAUUACCCUCCCUCAAGACGGCCUCUCACUCCUCCAAAGAGCUACCCACAUUAUCAGCCACCCUCGCCUGGAUCUCAAGAUGGAAGUCAAGCUGAUCGGUAUGUCGCUCGGGGCUCCAAUCUUAGAUUAUCAGGUAUGGAGACUACACAAAAUGGAGGCAUGCUGCGCAAGCCAGUAGGUGCUCGGCCCAUGCCUGCGCUGCCAGCUCUCGACACAUCGUUUCGACCACGCGAGCAAGAGAAUUUAGGUCGUCAGGAGUCUGUCAGAAGUGUCACUAGGAAGCCGGUACAGUCUGCCUCCUCUGAUCAUUCAGAUUGGCUCACUUCAUUACCACCUAACGCGAAUGGGUUCGGACCCUCAAGGUCUCCUACCAAAUCCCCCGUGAACGAGUCCAAGAGUCCAGCUGACGACCAGACGAGGAUAAUUCUGAUUCGGAGAGAUCCUGCCUCUGGUAGUCAAUGGAAUGUUGGCUCUCUUUUUCAGAGGAACACAAUAUUACGGGAUAAUCGUCUCGGAAGGUUCGACAUCGAGCUCAAUUCCCCAGGUUACACCAAAUUUGCGAAGCUGGAAAGUCCAACAGGGCAUUGUUUCAAUAGAAAGGUGGACUAUGUGCUCCUUCCCAAUAAUGAAAGCGGCGUUAAGGCGAGGCAUCGGAGCAAUUCGUCGGAAUUCUUUGCCAAUUCCGCCUACGCCAACAGCAAGAAGCCGCGCCAUGCCUACUCAUUUAACUCGCCGUGGCAGGGAACCUGUUCGUUCACCAAUGGAUUGGAUGGCAAAAGCCUUCGAUGCCGACAUGUUUUACCGACGAUGAAUUCGUCGAUGAUUCCAGCGCCCGUCGAUGUUGCAGAGUUACGCCUCAAUCUAGCAUGGUCCAUCUUGGGAGCAAAGGAUACGAACAAACAGACAGUUGAUGUGACACAGUUGCCCGUACACACAUCAGUCGGUAGACCACCAGUGCCGAAGAACAAGGAACAGUGGAGGCGAAGUAUCCAAGUACUCACACACAAAGCCAAAACACAAUUGUCGCACAGUGACAGAAGUGGCGAGUUCCCGACUCUGGCUCAAACGAAGAGAGAUUCCAUUCUCGAGGAAAGAUCAUCUGACAAUGGACGGAUGAAUCUUGACCUGGGUCGCGAAAAGGCUGGUGGUGGAUUCAAAGGACACAGCGCGAAGCUGGGAAAACUCAUCAUCCAAGACGAAGGUUUGAAGAUGUGUGAUUUGGUGGUAGCAGCAUGCAUGGGUGUUUGGUGGCAGCACUAUACCAAUGAAUCUGCAAGCUGA